AUGGACCCUCAUCCCCUGGCGGAGGGAGGUGGUGUCUCCCAUGGACCCUCACCCCUGCAACAGGAGGUCGUGUCUCACGUGGACCCUCACCCCCCGUGGCAGGAGGUGGUGUCUCCCCUGGACCCUCACCCCGGCGGCAGGAGGUGGUGUCUCCCAUGGACCCUCACCCCGGUGGCAGGAGGUGGUGUCUCCCAUAGACCCUCACCCCGGCGGCAGGGGGUGGUGUCUCCCCUGGACCCUCACCCCGGCGCGGUAGGAGGUGGUGUCUCCCAUGGACCCUCACCCCCGCAGCAGGAGGUGGUGUCUCCCAUGGACCCUCACUCCCCGCAGCAGGAGGUGGUGUCUCCCAUGGACCCUCACCCCCGGCGGCAGCAGAGUGGGGGGGAGUGUGGUAUGUCAUGA